AUGAUCUCCCGGCGCCGAAACGCAUGCACUUGGGCUGCUCUGCUGGCGUGCGUCACGCUCAGUCUAUAUCUGCUUGGCUUCGACCACCUCUCCUUAGCCUGGCCUGGUCGCCAAAUCCCCACAAAGGCCAAUUGGCGCGACCCGGAGGCUGAUUCGUACUUCUGGAAGGCCCUGCCGACACUCUACCCUCCAGCCUCAAUCCGCCCCUUGCCGACAUCUGGACCAGUCUCGUUUCCUCCUAUCCAAGCCACCGGUCUAAAGGAAUCUGCAGAAGCCCGUAGCCUACGGGAGAAGCACAGGCGUGCCGUCAAGUCUAUAUUCACACGAUGCUGGGCGUCGUAUCGCGAGCACGCAUGGCUGGCCGACGAGCUCACGCCCAACUCGGGGGCCAGCCGAAACACCUUUGGCGGGUGGGCCGCCACGCUGGUGGACUCACUCGACACCCUCUGGAUCAUGGAGAUGCGGGAAGAGUUCGAGGAGGCCGUUGCAGCCGCCAUCACCAUCGACUUUACCAAGACGGACUCCAAUGAGGUCAACGUCUUUGAGACAACCAUCCGGUACCUCGGCGGCUUCCUUGGUGCCUUUGAUGUCAGCCAGGACUAUCGACUGCUCCGCAAGGCCGUCGAGAUUGGCGAGAUGCUCUACAAGGCCUUCGACACUCCCAAUCGUAUGCCAAUCACUCGCUGGGACAUCCACGCGGCCAUGCGCAACGACAGGAGCAAGCAGAUUGCAGGUUCGGGCACCCUCAUCGCCGAGAUCGGUAGUCUGUCCAUGGAGUUCACCCGGCUUUCCAUCCUCACCGGAGACCCCAAAUGGUUCGAUGCGGUCCAGGCUAUCACAGACCUCAUGGCUGCACAGCAAAUGUCGACAGAGCUCCCAGGGCUGUGGCCUCUCGUCGCCGAUGCCCAGAAGCAGAUCUUCAAUGGCGGCACCGCCUUCACCCUGGGCGCCAUGGCCGACUCGGUCUACGAGUACCUGCCCAAGAUGUCCGCCUUGCUUGGGGGACAGCUCGACGUCUACCAGACCAUGUACGAGCGCGCUGCCGCCACGGCUAUGAAGCACAACCUGUUUCGCCCGAUGCUGCCCGACAACGACGACAUUCUGAUUGCCGGCCAGGCCCACACGAAGAACGGGGGUCGCGACAUCGAGCUCGAGGCUCAGGGCCAGCACCUGGUCUGCUUCUUUGGCGGGCUGAUGGUCGUCGGGGGCAAAAUGUUCAACCGCCAGCAGGAUGUCGAUGCCGCCACGAAGCUCGUAGAGGGCUGCAUCUGGGCGUACAAGUCGAUGCCGCACGGCAUCAUGCCCGAGACGUUCAACGCCCACCCGUGCCCAUCACAGCACAGCUGCGCCUGGGACGAGUCGCUGUGGAAGCGGGAAGUGGCCCGGAAAGCCGGCGAGAAGGACGUCGAGAGCCUGACCGAGGCACAGCUCAACCAGAUUGUCAAGGACAAGCACGUGCCCAAGGGGUUCACCGCGAUCCCGGACGCCCGGUACAUUCUCCGGCCCGAGGCCAUCGAGAGCGUGUUUGUGCUCUACCGCGCGACGGGCCGGGAGGACCUGCUCGAGUCGGCGUGGGACAUGUUCAGCGCCAUCGAGCGCGUCACGAGCACAGAGUUUGCCAGCUCGGCCGUCUGGGACGUGUCCAAGCCCGGGGAGGUGCCGCAGCAGUCGGACUCUAUGGAGUCGUUCUGGCUCGGGGAGACGCUCAAGUACUUCUAUCUGAUCUUUAGCGACCCGAGCUUGAUAAGCUUGGACGAGUUCGUGUUCAACACGGAAGCGCACCCCUUACGGAGAUUGGUGCCGUGA